CAUAUAUACUUAUAAAUUAUAAAUACAUAAUUCUUCCUUCCCUAAAGAAAAUAGAUCAAAAAAUAACCAAAAAAGUACAAGAAACUUAAGAAGAAAAUAGAGGGGAAAAAAUGCAAAUAAUAACACCACAACAAGGGGAAACUAUGAGAGAAUCAAGAUCCCAAACGAUGAGAAGUAUAGGUGAACAAAAAGUGAGGGAAUUAGUGGUGGAGAAGAGGAGACUAGUGGAGGUGCCUUACACCGCCACUUUGGCUGACACCAUGAACACCCUGGUUGCCAACCGUGUGAUGGCGGUACCGGUGGCGGCACCACCAGGGCACUGGAUAGGGGCAGGUGGGUCAAUGAUAAUGGAGACAGAUAAACAUACAGGGGCAGUAAGAAAGCAUUACAUAGGAAUGGUAACAAUGUUGGAUAUAUUGGCUCAUCUUGCUGAGGAUGAUAAUGAUGUUGUUAAUGGUGGAGAUUCUACUAAUAAUAAUGAUGUUGAUAAAAAGUUGGGUGUUACUGUUUCCACUAUUAUUGGUCAUUGUCUUGAGGGGUUAAGCUUGUGGACUCUCAAUCCUAAUACUAGUCUCCUAGAUUGCAUGGAAGUCUUCAGCAAGGGAAUCCACCGAGCAAUGGUGCCAUUAGACAGCAACAUGGAUAACAUUUCAGGUGUUGAACUUGUAGAAUCAUCAUCAUGUUACCGUAUGUUAACCCAAAUGGAUGUCAUCAAAUACCUGAAAUCCCAUGCCCAACAAGAAUUGCGCGAUGUGAUGGCGCGCACUGUGAGGAGCACCGGGGCGGUCACUGACACUAUACUUGCCGUGACUCACCGGACUAGAGCUAUCGACGCCAUUAAGUGUUUGAGAAGUGCUUCUCUUCAAGCUGUUCCUAUUGUUGAUGCUUCAGAUGUUCCCACAGAAGGUGAUAACCAACUGAUUAAUGGGUACGGCAUGAAGAUCGUGGGAACCUUUUCUGCGACUGAUAUAAGAGGUUGCCCAGUGGAUUUGAUGCAGUCAUGGCUACCAUUAAAUGUACGGGAAUUCAUGGCAAAAGUGUAUCGGAAUCCUUCCCACGGGGCACCGGACUUAGUGAACUCUCCCAAGUUGCUAGUGAGUUGUUAUGCUGAUUCUUCCUUGCUGGAAGUGAUCGACAAAGUCACGACUAAACACGUGCACCGGGUUUGGGUUCUCGAUGAAUACAAUUACGGUACUAUCCUCGGGGUCAUCUCUUUAACAGACAUAAUACGAGCCGUUAGAGCUGCUCUUAUUUCAGCAUCUUAAGUUGCAGAAUGGUUCUGAAGAGUUGUUAAAUGAGAUUAUGUUCGUUUUUCAAGGUUUUCAGACUUGAGAAGGUCUUUUGUUAUUUGUGUUGCGCUGUAAAUCUGUAAUGUUCAAUGGUUAGUUUGUUGCUAACUGGGAGUUUGCUCUUCUAAGGUCUUCAGACUUGAGCAAAGGUUUUUAGUUCUUGUGUGUAACGUUUACUGGUUUAUCUUAGUUUGUUAGUACUUUUUGGAAAAAAUAGUCUAAGUUGUUCUUGUGUGUAAUGUUUACUGGUUUUUUUAGUUCUUAUGUGUAAUGUUUACUGGUUUA